ACCCGCCUCUUCCGGCCAACUCUUGGGGGGGCGUGGCGGUCCUGGCAAAAUGGCGGCGCCCGGCAAGAUGUUGUUUCCUGAGAUUCUAAGCCACAAAAAGUACAGGGCCGCCCUGAAGAAGGCGAAACGAAAGAAACGACGGCAAGAACUGGCUCGAUUGAGGGACUCAGGACUCUCACAGAAGGAGGAGGAGGAUGCUUUUAUUGAAGAACAACACCUAGAAGAAGAGAAGCUGUUGGAGAUAGAAAGGCAAAAAUUACAUGAGGCGUGGUUGCUUCGGGAGCAGAAAGCACAAGAAGAAUUCAGAAGAAGGAAGGAAAAGGAAGAGGCAGCUAGAAAACGGCAAGAAGAACAAGAGAGAAAGUUAAAGGAAGAAUGGGAAGAGCAGCAAAGAAGAGAGAGAGAAGAGGAGGAACAGAAGCUACAGGAGAAGAGAGAAAGAGAGGAAGCUGUGCAGAAGAUGCUGGAGCAGGCUGAAAAUGAGUUGGAAAAUGGUGCCACAUGGCAAAACCCAGAGCCACCCAUGGACUUAAGGAUAAUGGAGAAAGAUCGAGCUAAUUGUCCAUUCUACAGUAAAACAGGAGCGUGCAGAUUUGGAGAUAGGUGUUCACGUAAACACAAUUUCCCAUCCUCGAGCCCCACACUCCUUAUUAAAAGCAUGUUCACAACAUUUGGAAUGGAGCAGUGCAGAAGGGAUGACUAUGACCCAGAUGCCAGCCUAGAGUACAGUGAAGAGGAAACCUACCAGCAGUUCCUGGACUUCUAUGAUGACGUGCUUCCCGAGUUCAAGAACGUGGGGAAGGUGAUCCAGUUCAAGGUCAGCUGCAACUUGGAACCUCAUCUGAGGGGCAAUGUGUAUGUUCAGUAUCAAUCGGAAGAAGAAUGCCAAGCAGCCCUUUCCCUGUUUAAUGGACGAUGGUAUGCAGGACGGCAGCUUCAGUGCGAAUUCUGCCCAGUGACCCGAUGGAAAAUGGCAAUUUGUGGUUUGUUUGAGAUACAACAGUGCCCUCGAGGAAAACACUGCAACUUCCUGCACGUGUUCAGAAAUCCCAACAAUGAGUUUUGGGAAGCUAACCGAGACAUCUACCUGUCUCCCGAUCGGACGGGCUCCUCCUUUGGUAAGGGCUCGGAGAGGAGAGAGAGGACGGGCCACCACGAUGAGUACUAUGGGAGGCCCAGGAGGAGACGAAGCCCUAGUCCAUCCCACUCCUACAAGAGAAAUGGGGAAGCUGAGAGGAAAAGGAGAAGCAGUCACCGGGGGAAGAAGUCUCACAGACACAUGUCCAGGAGCCGCGAGAGGCACAGUUCCCGAAGUAGAGGAAGAAAAAGGGACCGCAGCCGGGGCCGGGGCAGCCGGAGCCAGAGCUCCUCUAGGUCCAGGAGUCGUGGCAGGAGGAGGUCAGGCAGCAGAGACCGAACUCUCCAGAGCCCCAAAUGCAAAUAAACGUACUUUGUUCUUCACGGA